UCCGGAAGUUCUUCCAGGAGUUCCUCCGGAAGUUCCUCCAGGAAUUCCUCCGGAAGUUCCUCCAGGAAUUCCUCCGGAAGUUCCUCCAGGAAUUCCUCCGGAAGUUCCUCCAGGAAUUCCUCCGGAAGUUCCUCCAGGAAUUCCUCCGGAAGUUCCUCCAGGAAUUCCUCCGGAAGUUCCUCCAGGAAUUCCUCCGGAAGUUCCUCCAGGAAUUCCUCCGGAAGUUCCUCCAGGAAUUCCUCCGGAAGUUCCUCCAGGAAUUCCUCCGGAAGUUCCUCCAGGAAUUCCUCCGGAAGUUCCUCCUGGAAUUCCUCCGGAAGUUCCUCCAGGAAUUCCUCCGGAAGUUCCUCCAGGAAUUCCUCCGAAAGUUCCUCCAGGAAUUCCUCCGAAAGUUCCUCCAGGAAUUCCUCCGGAAGUUCCUCCAGGAAUUCCUCCGGAAGUUCCUCUAGGAAUUCCUCCGGAAGUUCCUCUAGGAAUUCCUCCGGAAGUUCCUCUAGGAAUUCCUCCGGAAGUUCCUCUAGGAAUUCCUCCGGAAGUUCCUCUAGGAAUUCCUCCGGAAGUUCCUUCAGGAAUUCCUCCCAGCAGCAAACAGUCUUUGUCGAAUCACCUUGCUCCACCGCCUCGAUUAGCAACAUCGACAACAACGACAACGGUGACAGCGGCAACCACAGCAACAACAACAUCAACGAUACCAACGGCAGCAACGUCUCGGCCACGUACAGCAAAAGGCAGGAUCUAAGCGAUAUUUAA